UUGACUGUAAAUUUUUUCGACCUGUAUAAAUAAUAAAAAUUGGUAAACCAUGGACCAACAAAAAAACGAAUUGUGUGAAAUGGUGAGACAUUGUUUCCUCUCAGGAGAAGAGGACUCAGAUAUGGCAGCAAAGUACAUCGUCACUUCGAGGGACGAUUCGAACGAUGUGGUGGUGGACUUGGAUCCUAGAGCAGCUGAUAUCACAGUGGAUUACUUGAGACGACAUGGUGUGCUGGUGGUCUUUCAAGGGCCAGGUGCAGACGCUGCAUUUGCUGCAAAAGAACACUGGCUACGAACUAUGGAAAAUGGAUGGGACUCGGAUAUGGUGGGAGGACAGCRUGGUAGAGUGAAACCUGAGGGAGCGAAUAUGAUAUCAUAUCUGGCAGUCAAUCAUGUUUUGAGGGAUUGGUUGGUGAAUACAUUGAAAAAAGAGGAUAAUGCGCUGGUGGAUGGGAAACCAUGCAAGGUGAUGUAUCGACCAUGGGCCACACAAGUGGAGCAGGAGCAAGCCAGACAAGAUUUGCAAACUCAACGCUUUUGGAUAAGAGCAGUGAGAGUUCCAUAUUUGGUUAUGCCUUUUCUUAAGGCCGCUGUGAUAAAGGAAUUUGGAGAGGUCAUAAAAGAUUAUCCGCCAGAGAGGAACAAGGUGGCUCCCAGAUUGAUGAACCGCAGAUGGUUUGGUCAUGUCACUGGUGAUAAGCAGUGCCCGAAUAGACAGGAAAGGGUUGAAGCUCUGCCAGUCCCUACGAAGGGCUCGCCUGGGGCUGGACCUUCGUCAGCAAUGGUUGGCGGAGCGGGACUGCCCUCAGCUCCGGUUGGGUCUGGGGGAGGUUCUUCAUCAGCAACGGUUGGCGGUGCAGGACCACCCCCGGCCCCGGUUGGGUCUGGGGGAGGUCCUGCCUGGGUCCCGACUGGGGUUGAGAAGGAUCCCACCACGACGGCAACAGGAGGCCAUCUGCCUGUCCCAGCUGGGACUGGAAGCAUUCCUCUCCCACUGGGAGGUGCCACACCGGCCACUGCGGGGGCUGGGAGUGUCCCUUCUCCGGUGGGAGCAGCGGUACCUACCUUUGUGGGAGCCGGGGAUCACCUUCGGUACUGGGAGGAACGGGGGGUGGGCUGCAGCCUGAUCAUCCUACCCAGGAGAGGAUGGAAACUGAGAAAAGUGUCAUGAUUAUGGGCGAUGCUGGAGCGAGAUGAUGCUCCAACAGAAAAGUUCCCUUCAAGUUCCUCGCCGCAAAAUACUGGUUGGAGGACCGAAGAAAAUGCCUUAUAAACCGUAUGAUAAGCCGGGAAAAGGGGAUCAGACAGAUAACAACAAAGAGAGAGUGGAGUGGGCAGACAUACUGGAUGAUGAAGAUGAAACGGAACAACCUGGGAUCACAGAACACGUUUUGCAACAAGGCCAGACUCAAACAGAUCAGCGACAAAUUAAAAAAAAUAAAGGUAAACUGAUUGAAACAGUGGUUCAGUCCCAACAUCAGGAUAAAAUACAGCAACAGCA